ACGUUGCGGGAAGGGAAGUUCGCCCGGCAGCUGCUGGGCUUGGCUGCUGGGCGGAGGUGGUGGGCUAGCUUGGGUCCCUUGGAGGCCUCAGCGGGGCUUCAGUAACUACCUGGGUGGGCUGCCUGAGGAGAGAAGUGAAGUGUGGGAAACUUAGGGACCCUGUAGGAGCGCUAUGAAGGUUCAGAAGGUUGUGGUGCUCCCCUUGCUUGAAGUGCAGUGGGCAGUUCUUGAGCCCCCAAAUAAGCCUCAGAACCACCUUCAUUAGUUUUUGACCCCUCUUACCAAGGAUUGUGGCAGAAAGAAUUUUUUUUUUCUUCCAUCUAGGAAGAUGUUACCAAGUAUUUCAGUGAGUUCCCCAAUGCAGGGGAACGGAGUGUUGAACUCCAGGGAUGCAGCAAGACACACAGCUGGAGCAAAACGCUACAAAUACCUGAGAAGACUUUUUCGUUUUCGGCAGAUGGACUUUGAGUUUGCUGCAUGGCAGAUGCUCUACCUAUUUACUUCCCCACAGAGAGUUUACAGAAAUUUUCAUUAUCGAAAGCAGACAAAGGAUCAGUGGGCCAGAGAUGACCCUGCUUUCUUGGUCCUGUUAAGUAUUUGGCUCUGUGUGUCCACUAUAGGAUUUGGCUUUGUCCUGGACAUGGGAUUUUUUGAGACGAUAAAGCUGCUCCUUUGGGUUGUUUUCAUAGAUUGUGUAGGCGUUGGUCUUCUCAUAUCAACUUUAAUGUGGUUUAUCUCGAACAAGUACUUAGUGAAGCGGCAAAGCAGGGACUACGAUGUGGAGUGGGGUUACGCCUUCGACGUGCAUCUGAAUGCUUUUUAUCCUCUCUUAGUCAUUCUGCAUUUUAUCCAGCUCUUCUUCAUUAACCAUGUUAUCCUGACGGACACAUUUAUUGGAUAUUUUGUUGGAAAUACCUUGUGGCUGGUGGCAGUGGGCUAUUAUAUCUACGUAACCUUUCUAGGAUACAGUGCAUUGCCAUUUUUGAAAAAUACAGUAAUUCUUCUUUAUCCAUUUGCGCCUCUCAUUCUGCUCUACGGCCUGUCCCUGGCACUAGGAUGGAACUUCACCCACACACUGUGCUCCUUCUACAAGUACAGAGUAAAGUGAAGGCACUGGGAGACUAUGCCAUCUUACCUGUGCCAUAGGCAGAGUUGGUGAGGGGAUGAUUUCUUCUGAAACUUGUAAAUAAACUGUCUUUGUAGAUAU